AUGUCGAACAGAAACAAUAGAAUCAAAUCAAAGAGUCGUAGUUAUCGAGCUGGAUUACAAUUUCCAAUUGGUAGAAUCCGUCGACUAUUGUGUGAAGGACAUUACGCAGAGCGUGUUUGUGCAGGCCCUGUUUAUCUCACUGCUGUAUUAGAGUAUUUGGCAGCAGAAAUUUUAGAAUUGGCUGGUAAUGCAGCUCAAGAUAAUAAAAAAUCUAGAAUAAUUCCUCGACAUUUACAUGUAGAUAUUCGUAAUAACGAAGAAUUGAAUAAGCUAUUAUCUGGAGUUAUAAUUGCUGAAGGUGGUGUAAUAACAAAUAUCCAAACCGUUUUAUUAACUGUAAAAUCUACUAUUGUUGGUUUCAAUAAAAAUCAUAUUAGCAAAGAACGUUCCAGGCUUUGCCCUGUUGACGUCACAACCAAUAUCAUCAUGGCAACAAACACCAACGUUUAA